UUUGUGUCGUCCGCAAAUUUUGUGACACAUAUUCUCCCAUCCUUCCACCGAUACUCACACACACUCAUACACACAUACACACAUAGUAAUCAUGGCGUUUGACCAGCCACUCGAAGCUGAUCGGGUGGAGAUGAGCUUGUUCGGCGCCUUUAUCCGAGCCCCAAUCGUGGGGACACUCAUGUGGAUCCUUGGGGGUGAUCAAGCCAAGGAGGAGGAGGAAGAGCGAAGGAGAAAUAUGGAAAGCGACGGAGACCCAACGCAGAGUCACUCGUCGCUACUUCGGAACCAAUCCCGUAGACCCCGGAAGUCGGCUUUGAAAAAGUCAUCUCCAAGUUUGGCCGGAUCCGAUAUAUCGGAUAUCGGAUCUUGUUCCGAAGUUUUGGAUGGAAUGCAUCUGAUUACUCCAAAUCGACCACUGAAGCACGGGAAGAAAGAGUUGUCCUGGUCCGAUGAAUCCGGGCAGAGCUUGGUGGAGAUUGUUGGCCAAGACGGCACCCGAGCCGAGAAAAACGACAAGAGCUUUCCGUACGAGUCAUCCCUCACUCGCACGCGAGUUGGCCCCACUCACAGCCAUUCGCUUCAACGAUCACGAUCCAUUCGUUCGCAACUCGAAGAGCCUCAUGCUCCUGCAGAAAAGAGCUACUUGCCGAAAGGCAUGGAACGAGCGCAUCGCAAUUUAGAACGGCCUUUGCCGUCGCAUGGCGAACCGCUCCCCAGCAAUAGUGGAGUGGAAAGUCCGCUCUGGGGCUGGUACAUCAAUACAACACCGCCCACACCAGAGAUGUAUCAUUCACGCUCUUCCGGCAAGCAACACAUAUCAGCAACGACACCAUCCAUGCCGACAUCUGUCCCGGUAUCCGCAUCCGCGCCCUUGCCGAAUCUCGUCUUUCAAGGCUUGCAAGACAAGAAUCGCGAAGCCCUGACGGCAUUCCCCACCGUGCCGCUGUAAAGAACCGAACGUUACUACCGCUUUGCUUGAUCGGUCUGUGGCAGCGGAACGGUACCUGCUAUUGCUCGGUGCCACGAAUCAAAUGGUGUUUGACGCCACGAUGACCGGGAAUAAUCCCGAGAACGCGUUUCGUGCUUUGAUUGCUAUAUCAUACCACAUCCCUGCAAAUAUUACCCCGCAUGUACCUAUUACCCCACUCAAACUUAUGGGAAUACGAACGGCUCCAUCUUUUCGUGGUAGCAUUGAAAAUAUUUAAUCCUUUAAGUCACCGCAAUCUUUCCUCUCUU